AUGACAGCGGUUGGAUCCGAGAACCUUGGCGAAGUGCAUCUGGAUGAGGCGGUGGAGGAUGCAUCAUCGGUCAAGCCAGAAGUCAUCUCGAAGAAAGAUGAGCGGCUGCUCUCCGAGGAGGAUAGGAAGCUUGCAAGGAAGAACCGAAAGCUGGCGGCGAAGGAGCAGAAGCAGGCGAAGCGGCAGAGCGGCAGGAAGAGCUGCGAGCGAUGCGAGAAGCAGGAGUGCGAGGUUCUGAUCCGGUGCAGCUGCAAGGAGUGGCAGGGCUGGAGGCUCGUGUGCGGGAAGUGCUGGAAGGAUGUGAGUGGCGGAGUACCUGACGGGGACCUGGACCACCCGGACUACAGGUAUGGAGGGUUGUGGAGGUACCGCAAAGGGGAGAGCGCGUGA